CUCGCCUGGGCUCCGCAGCCCGGCCAAGGCCCCAUCCACUGUGCUCUCCACCGAGGAGGCCGAGGGGCGACCGGGGCAGACCCUACCGCCAGGCUUAACCCCCACCCCAGCGCUCCACAGUCAGAAGCCGAGAUGCGCGAGGGAAGGACGGAGGGGAAACCGGGGCGGUGGAGCCUAGGCUGCGGGGAGGGAGGUGCAGAGGCGCUAGGGACUUGGAGUGGGAACGUGGUGGUGCCUGGGGGAGGGGCGACUGAGGCGGGAACCCGGCCAGAGCGGGCGGGGGAACGCGAGGGAGAAGGCGGAGUUGGUUCUCAGAGGCCCCUCCCCGCGGCGGCACCGCGGCCCGGCCUGUUAUUUUCUGCUUGCCGCUCGGCCCAGACCCGCUCAGCGCCAGUGGCACGGGGUCGCCCCCCCCCCGCCUCCUCCCCUACCCGGGCCUACAGCCACCCUCAACCAGAGGCCAGAGACAGAGCUGGAGCGGCUGCCGCAUCCCGACACUGCUUCCCCCCCAUUCCUCCCCCACGACUGGACAUCUGGACCCUGGGCCCCGCACCAACAGGGUUCCGGAAACCCUCCCGGCCCAGCUCCGACCUGGCCCCGCACUGCCCUCUCCCCAGAGCCCCCAACCCUCUUCCAGUCCAGACUUCCGCCUACCCCUGGACACCUCCUCCCAGUCCCCUCCCUCCCCCUCUCCCCCAGCCUGGACCGGGGUAGGAGGGAGGGGGGGUGUGCACCCUGCGCCGUCCCCGCCCCGCCCCCCGUGAUUCCCCCUGCAUGGCCGGCCCGGGUGGGGGGUGCGGGGGGGCCCGGGCGCCAUGCGGGGGGGGCACAAGGGGGGUCGCUGUGCCUGUCCCCGUGUGAUCCGAAAACUGUUGGCAAAAUGCGGCUGCUGCUUCGCCCGGGGGGGACGUGAACCCUAUUCCAUUGCUGGCAGUGAGGGGAGUAUAUCAGCUUCUGCUGCCUCGGGUCUGGCUGCCCCCUCUGGCCCCAGCUCUGGCCUCAGCUCUAGUCCCUGUUCCCCUGGCCCCCCAGGGCCAGUCAGGGGCCUACGGAGAUGGUUGGAUCAUUCCAAACAUUGUCUCAGUGUGGAAACUGAGGCAGAUCGUGGUCAGGCGGGACCAUAUGAGAACUGGAUGCUGGAUCCAGCUUUAGCCACAGGAGAGGAGCUGCCAGAAUUGACCUUACUGACAACAUUGUUGGAGGGCCCUGGAAAUAAGACACAACAACCUGAAGAAGAGACUUUGUCCCAAGCCCCUGAGAGUGAGGAGGAACAGAAGAAGAAGGCUCUGGAAAGGAGUAUGUAUGUCCUGAGUGAACUGGUAGAAACAGAGAAAAUGUAUGUGGACGACUUGGGGCAGAUUGUGGAGGGUUACAUGGCCACCAUGACGGCACAGGGAGUUCCGGAGAGUCUUCGAGGCCGUGAUAGGAUCGUGUUUGGAAACAUCCAGCAAAUUUAUGAGUGGCACCGAGACUAUUUCCUACAGGAACUACAGCGCUGUUUGAAAGAUCCUGAUUGGCUGGCUCAGUUAUUCAUCAAACACGAGCGCCGGCUGCACAUGUAUGUGGUGUACUGUCAGAAUAAGCCCAAGUCAGAGCACGUGGUGUCAGAGUUUGGGGACAGCUACUUUGAGGAGCUCCGGCAGCAGCUGGGGCACCGCCUGCAGCUCAGCGACCUCCUCAUCAAACCUGUGCAGCGGAUCAUGAAGUACCAGCUGCUGCUCAAGGAUUUUCUCAAGUAUUACGGUAGAGCCGGGAUGGAUACUGAAGAGCUGGAGCAAGCUGUGGAGGUCAUGUGCUUCGUGCCUAAGCGCUGCAAUGAUAUGAUGACCCUGGGGAGACUACGGGGAUUUGAGGGAAAACUGACUGCCCAGGGGAAGCUCUUGGGCCAGGACACAUUCUGGGUCACAGAGCCUGAGGCUGGGGGGCUGCUCUCUUCCCGGGGUCGUGAGAGGCGCGUCUUCCUCUUUGAGCAAAUUGUCAUCUUCAGUGAGGCUCUGGGAGGAGGAAUUCGAGGUGGAACACAGCCUGGAUAUGUGUACAAGAGCAGCAUCAAGGUGAGCUGCCUGGGACUGGAGGGGAACCUCCAAGGUGACCCUUGCCGCUUUGCAUUGACCUCCAGAGGGCCAGAGGGUGGGAUCCAGCGCUAUGUCCUGCAGGCUGCAGACCCUGCCAUAAGUCAGGCCUGGAUCAAGCAAGUGGCUCAGAUGCUGGAGACCCAGCGUGACUUUCUCAAUGCAUUGCAGUCACCCAUUGAGUACCAGAGACGAGAGAGCCAGACCAACAGCUUGGGACGGCCAGGAGGGCCUUGGGUGGGGAGCCCUGGGAGAAUUCGGCCUGGAGACCGGGCACAAGGCAGCACACACAUACCCAUCAAUGGCUCUCUCCCCUCCCUGCUACUGUUGCCCAAAGGGGAGACUGCCAGAGCCCCGCCACCCCCGGACACACAGACCCUCAGUGACAUCCCCCAGCCUUCUCAUGAUUCUCCUCCAGUUCCUCCGACUCCAAACACCCCUCUCUGCCAGGCCAGACUUGCUAAGCUGGAUGAAGAUGAGCUGUAACUGGUGAUAGCUGUGGGGGUGGUGCUGACUCAGCCAUUUCUUCAAGGAGCUUCAGGGCAAUCCUCUGACCUGCCUCUUGGUGUGUUUGGAGAGUGGGCAAGGCUGGGAGUUACACCAACUUGGAGGAGAAUAUCUAGACCCCCAAAGGACUUAUUUCUGUCCAAGGAGCAUAGGUUCCUUCAGCUCCCACCCCUAUGCAUGCUGUCUUAGUCCCCCAAAAAGGAGGAUAUGGGGGUUGGGCUGGGAGGGCAGGAUCAGGGACCAGAUAGAAAUGAUUUGGUUUGUUUCUGAUUUUGGUUUUCCCUGGUUUCUGAGAAUAAAGGUUUUGUUAUA